GUUGUAGUGACAACAAACUCACUGAGAUUUCUCAGUCAGAGGCUGGACACUGCAGUGAUGGCCUUGUUUGCCCGACUCUGCAGACUUUUUCAGAGAGCCAAUGUGGAUGGGAGAGAGACCAGAGAGGGGAGGAAGGAUGCUGACCUUCCAUCUGAGAGUAAUGAAGGACGAAGGAGGUGGACUUGGCGAAUGUGGAUGGCUCACAGACAGACAACAUCCCCUGUUCCUGUCACAAGCAAAAAGCAGUUUGAGAAGGAAGAGAAGGAGCUGAUCAAAAAGAUCCAGCUCACUACCAAGGAGAUAAAUGAGCUGAGAGAUCGCCUGAUCUACGUGACCAAGGGAUCCAUGAACAAGAGGCCCUACCACAGGCAAACUCGACAUUAUAAAGAACUGAAAUUAAAGGAGAAGGAGAUCAUGACAUAUCUACACGAAUUAGAGAUGAAGAACAUGGAGGCCCGAGAGAACAAGCAGGAGCUCAAGAAGGAGAAAAAUUUCUAUCGUAACCUGCACACCAGGAUCCUGCUGGAGGAGAAUCUUAUAAAGAAGAAGUUGGUGAUAUUGCAGCAGGAGAGCAAGGAAGUACAUGCUGAUUGGGCCACCAUUCAUCAAAGUUUGGUGGAGUUGAACCUGAGUGGUAAAGAUGAACAGGAGAAGACCAGCAACCUGGAGACUCAAGAACAUCAGGUCUCAGAAGCUGCAAGAGAGCUGGUAUUGGCCACAGCUGAAGAAGACAGCAUCCUGCAGAAUGAGUUGCCAUGCCAGGAGGCCCCUGCUGAGCACCAUCCCCAGCACCCACCAUCUUCCUCAGAUGAAUCUUCCUCAGAUGAAUCUUCUUAUAGCACAUGUCCUGAGUGGGAAUAGGCCCUACCGAGGAAGCCAUGGCUGAUUCAGGGCAUUGUUCCCUUUUCUCUUCAGACAACGCCUCUUGGCAGGGAAUUGAGGUGAUUCCUCUGCUACCAAGUGUCCAAGAGGAGCAGCAGGCUGUAGGGCUGUGCUGCUAAAAGUGCAGAAAAAGGCUGCUGAACAAUAAUUUUCCUUUAGAGUUUUGGUUGAAGUUUUGGUUUUUGUUCUUUCAAUUGUUGCUAAGUUAUUUAGAAGUUAUAUGUUCUUAUAUUUCAUUGUUUUUUCCUUUAUCUCUAUAUUAAUUGAACUUUUAAAACCUAUUUUUUAAAAAUUCUAUUUCUUAUGCAUAAAAACUGAUUUGUAAGAAGUGACUCUUGAUACCAUCUUCCUUAUUCAGGUGUUCUAUCCCAGCUGUAGACGUAGAACUCACAUCCAGAGAUGGAUCUUUGUAAGUUCCAGGCAGCCAGGGCUAUAUGGCAAAAUUAUACCCUAGGCACCUAGGGGUAUACAAGGUGAUGAACUUUUGUGUCAAUAAUUAUACUUACCCCAUGGAUAAACACUUGAUGAUGUAAUCACUGCCAUACUGCAUCCAUGGUGUCAUGAAUUCUCUUACUCCUAACAUAUAGCACUCUAUAACACACAUUCAUUCAUGAUCCUGUGAACCAGAUACUGAGUAACAUACAGCCAUUUUUCAGGAGCUUCUGCAGAUAUAAAAACAUUCAGAAAGGAAUAUAAAAUAAAUCAGGAAGGCCAGAGCCAUCUGCCUCAGUUUACUUGCAAUAGAGCAACAGUGAUUGAGGAGAGCAAUGGCUUCCCUUUGGUUCUGGCCUGAAAGGGUCAGAGCCGUUAACUGGGAGAAAGGUCAUGGGUCGUUCCUCCUGAAAGGGAGGGAUGUCUAAACAUGACUUUCUGUGAGCCAGAGUUUUUCCUUGUUCCUAGUCAAGAGUUAAUAUUUACCCUGAUAGGAAGAUGUCCUUGGGUCUUCAGAUAACAGUUUCUUCUUCUGAAGUUUGUUCUUGUUAUGAGAAAAUGACUCCAAAAAUGAUAAUAUUGUCUGCCAGGUGCAACUAAGUAAAAAUGUUAUUUUUUGAGCAAAAUUUGUAAAGUAAUGCCCCAUGUUUUUAAGCUGUAGAAAUCAGUAAAGCUUUGCUACUUGCCACCAGA